AUUAAAUGUAUCAUUUCGUGUGUGUCGAGUGGGACACAUUACACGUCGUUGCAACGCCCGAAAUGACCGAAGGACCGAAGAGAGCGCGCCCGGAGUGACCUUCCCAACGCACCCUACAUUAAUUUGUUGUGGGUUUAUUGUGUCGGUGCGACUCAGUGUAAUGCAAUUCCAUGUUUUUUUUUUUUUUUUUUUUUUGUCUUUUGUAUGUUUUUAUUUUGCUAUGUUUAUACAAUCCAGACUUUGUUUUGUUUUGAAAUUCCGGAAGUUACGCAUUGGCUAUUGCGCAUGCCUGCAUCAAAAGGACACACACGUGAAUGCUGUGGUGCUUGAGCCAUGUCUAAAUCAAAACAAAAACGAGCAAAACGCCUUGGGUUUUGGAAGAAAUGUAAGAAUAAAGAUGGGAAAAAUGGUGAUGCUUCAGUGGUGAGGCGUUCUAAGGGGCAGUCAUCUGUGCAACAUGUCAUCGAAAGAAAACCAGAAGAAACCAGAAAGCAAAGGCUUCAAGAGCUCCAAGAAAAGCAGAAGAUCUCCAGAGAACAGCAGAUGAUGAAGAAGAGGAAUUUGCAAAGCUUUCAAAAUGACAUCCUACAGAGGCAGCGAGAGUUUGAGCAGAGGGAAACAGAGAUGCAGAGUUUAGAAAAGCACGUGCACUUUGAAAGUGAGAAUUCAAGAAAAGCAUAUUACAGAGAAUUUAAAAAGGUAGUGGAGGCUGCAGAUGUCAUCUUGGAAGUUUUGGAUGCGCGUGAUCCAUUGGGGUGCAGAUGCCCUCAGGUUGAACAGGCAGUCAUUCAAAGUGGAACAGACAAAAAAAUUGUACUGGUCUUAAAUAAAAUUGAUUUAGUAUCAAAGGAAAUUGUGGAGAAGUGGAUUAAGUAUUUGCGGAAUGAGUUCCCCACAGUGGCUUUCAAGGCAUCUACACAACAGCAAUCCAAAAACUUGAAACGGAGUAAUGUGUCAGUGACUCAAGCCACCACAGAGCUCCUUAGCAGCAGUGCUUGCAUUGGUGCAGAUUGCUUGAUGAAGCUCCUCGGUAACUAUUGCCGCAACCUUGACAUAAAGACGGCCAUCACUGUAGGUGUUGUAGUAGCUGAAUUUCCACCGACGCCCUGCAGGUUAGCAGUGCCGAGGGCAGGCGUUGUUAACCCGGGCCAUGACCGAUCCGGUUUCCCUAAUGUUGGAAAGAGCAGUUUGAUCAACAGUUUAAAACGUGCAAGAGCAUGUAAUGUUGGAGCCACUCCUGGUGUCACCAAGUGCCUUCAAGAAGUGCACUUGGACAAACAUAUUAAGCUUCUUGAUUGUCCUGGCAUCGUCAUGGCAACAUCGACAACUGAUGCUGCAAUGAUUCUCCGUAACUGUGUGAAAAUCGAACAACUAGUUGAUCCACUUCCACCCGUUGAAGCCAUCUUACGACGUUGCAAUAAGGCACAAAUCCUCCAACAUUACGGCGUACCCAACUUUAACACAGCUUUGGAGUUCUUGGCAUUGCUUGCACGGCGUCAGGGCAAACUAAGAAAAGGCGGGCUGCCUGACACCGACAAAGCAGCAAAAAGCAUAUUAAUGGACUGGACAGGAGGAAGGAUCAGCUAUUUCACUCACCCCCCUGAGACACACACACUUCCUAUGCAUGUCAGCGCUGAGAUUGUGACAGAAAUGGGGAAAGCUUUUGACUGGGAUGAACUCGAAAAGGGAAAUCAGGAAGUUCUCGCAGAUUCAUCUAGUUCUGAUAUUCAAAUGGGAUUCUGCAUUGAAAACAUGGGGAUGACGAAUGGCAACCAGGCUCCAGCGCCCUUUCACCAAGAAAUUGAAGGCGAGUCAGUGCAGGAGCCAGAAUUAAAAAAUGAGGAGGAAUCUAUGGAGGAGGAUCAGGAUGCAGAGUUUGGACCGAUGACUGUAGAGAUAAAAUCUCAUAAAUUGAAGAGUAGCUUGCCCGAAAUGAAUCCUGCGCCCAAGGCUCCAGAUUUGAAGGAUAUUGUUAAUGUACAUCCUUUACAACAAGGCCAGGCGCUUCUAGCUGCUGUCAAGAAACGAAAGAAGCAACAAAAAAGAGCUGACAAACUUGGUACCAAACUCUCAGACACCUUGACAUCUGCAAUGGAUUUAUCGUUUUGGUGACACCUGAUUAAAGAGUACUAAAAGA